ACAUCAAACAUGAGCCCGGCCAGAUAUGUGAGGAGCGGUACCAAGCUGCCGGGUCGGCGCUGCCCCCUGGGCCAGUACUGGGACACUCUGGUCCAACAGUGUGUAAGCUGUGGAGAGCGCUGUGGGGACUCGGACACGCCCACCGGCUGCAGCAGCUUCUGUGUGUCUGCGCGCUGCAAGGUCACGUCUGCUCAUUACUACGACGGCCUGCUGAAGAAAUGUGUGAGCUGUGCCGACAUCUGCGGACGCCAUCCUGCAGAAUGUUCACCGCACUGUAACAUUUCCAGGCAUAUCGCAGAUUCCAGAACGACCUUGGCCACCGACCCCUUUUAG